CAGCUUAGACUACGUAUAUUUACCAAAGGGGUUGAGAGUCACAUGUCGGCAUUCAUUCGCUCUCCGAACAACACAGCCUUCGUUUAACGUGUAUGUACUUAGCAUUCGCUUUGUGCCCCAAAGACAUCAUCCACGUUCUUGCGUUUGUCGUGAAUACUUAAUACUUCAUCAUUUUAGUUGCAACAGAGGAUAACUGACAAAUAAUUAUUCAUUUAUUUUGACUGCGUUAAACAUCAGAAAUAUAUUGUACGGACUUACUUGGAUUAUUUUCAAAUUUAUUUCGGAUUAGAAUUUAUUCAUUAUAUACGGCUAAUACUUUGGCUGUUUGCUGUCCUGAAAAUUAAAUUUUUAGUGGUAAAUUGAAUACCGUAUAAAAUGAGUAUUUACGGAUUGAGUGCGUAUCGCGUUACGGUACUAUUGCUGCAAUGCAUGGUUUUGGGAGCUGUAAGUCAGAUAAAAACACCACCAGUAAAAGCAACUAUCAUGACUACUAAACAGAUAACAGCAUUUUCUACAGACGUUACAAGACUGGUUCAGUGGAAUACAAAGUCAUCCAUGAGAGCACUAGCAGACGUUACUAUGCCAACAGUUGAUAAAUUGAAAAAGACACCGCCAAUUAUUAUUCAAGCAGGGCUAGCGUUAUCGUCAGCAAAAAAAUCAGAUGUUAAAAAAACAACAAAGCCUGUACCAUCAACAUCAUUGUUCGAAACAACAACAAAAAAGGCAACAACUUCAUUCACCGCACCUGCACGUGUAACUAAAAUCACCCCUACUAUCACAAAAAUACAGAUAAAAACAUUUACCAGUCCUACCGCGUCUACAAACCAAACUUUAUCCACCACACCGACAACUCCAGUUACACCAGCAACACCAACACUCAAAACUACCCAAACACCCAACAUUACAAAAAAGGCAACCAUCCAGGCAACCCCAACCACCCAAACUACACCAACAACACAAACCACACAAACAAAACCAACUACACAAACGACACUAACUACACCAACAACACCAAGCACAUUGGAAGCGAAAACAGCUAAACUAGUUACAAGUAAAAUGAAAACCAAAGGCAUACCCAUAGAAUCAGUUGGAACAAUAACUACUAUCAAAUCUGUGAUUUUAAAACGAGUUCCGCUUUCACCAGCUCAAAUUGCUUCAAGAACCUCCAAUAGAACCCCAAACAAAAGACGAGAAAAAGCCCGAGCAAGAUAUAUUUCAGAUUUUAAGCUUCAUACAGAAGCAUUCACUACAGAUGUAAUCUCACAUUCUGCUUCUAUGGCUCGAGCUGAGAAAAAACAGGCAGAAGUUGUGCGAGAAGAGACAAUUGCAGACGAACCCGCGGUGACGGGUAAUGCGGCAGCGGCCAAUGAUUUUACCGCCAGUGCUCAAAAUGAGGAUGUAGCAAAACCUCGUAAUGGGAAUUCCGGGAGAGUGGAUAUGACCGCUUUUUUACCUGAUGAUCACCAGCUUAAUUUAACCAGAUGUGAACCUGGGUUUAAUGAUGAAUGUGAUGUGAAUAAUUAUGAAAGGUGUUCAACAAAAGGACGAUGUAUUUGUCUGCAAGGCUAUUUACCAGAUCGUCGAACAGGAAUUUGUGUUGCCGCUCAGUUUUUUAGAGGAGAAAUAACAUUCGCCAACGAGUUUUCUGAAUCAUUGAAAGAUGUAAAUAGUGAUGAAUAUGUCAAAUUUAACUCAGAAAUAAGGCAAGCGUUAUAUUCAGCUUUUGGUAAUCAAGGAUUAACAGGAAUAUUAGAUAUCUAUAUCGCCUCCUUAGAUCUUGAUAGCAAUAAAGUUGUGUUUGAAGUAGCUCUAGAUAAGAACUCGGCACCUCGUAGAGAGAAACUACAGACUAUGUAUAAUCGUGGACUUACAGCUGUUGCUUAUGUUGAUACUGAUCGUUUGGUCAAGUUAACUGGUACAGGCUUAAUAUUGGGUGAAAAUGCCAGUAUGUCACAAUAUCUGCAACUAUUGACAGAAUACAGCCAUUGUGUGGAUGCCAAUCACAAUUAUUGUGACAUGAAUGCUAGAUGUACUCAUAGAAUGCGGACAUUUUCUUGUCGCUGUCAAGAUGGUUUUGAUGAUAUCUCGCCAGAUGUAUUUAAAGCUCCAGGAGAAGUUUGUAGAGUUGCUUGUAAAUGUAAAAAUAAUGGCACGUGUGAAGUUGUGGAAGGAGCCGAAACUUGUUCUUGUCCAGAUUGGUUUAUUGGUACUAAUUGUGAAAUAAAUGGAAAAGAAUUAUUAAUUAUAUGCGCCAGUGUAUUAGGUGGAUUAUUGAUAUUAACUGUCUUGUUGUGUUUUAUCUGUGUUUGUACCAUGAAAAACAGAUCAAGAAAAUCCAGUCGAUCUAGUACUAUCGGAAUGGGGAGUAAUUUGGAUACCAGCGUGGUCAAACUACCGCGCGUCUGGAUGGACGGGUCACGACCUUAUGAAGUACCACCACGUGAUACUAGAAGAUGGAGUUAUGUAUCAGAACCUAUUAGAUAUAUUGAUGAAUAUAUGAUGGAUGAUUAUGUUCAUGCGGAAACAUUGCCAUUACCGCGACACCAGGAUGCUAAUAAGAAACGUUAUUAUAAUGCAUAUCAAAAUAGUGGAUAUAACGGAUACAGUAGCUCAACAUUAUCUGUAGCCAGGCCACAAUACCGCCAUUAACUUUCAUGUCAACAUGUCAAUAUAUAAUAUUAUUUAAUAUAUUAAUAAUAAUUAUGUCUCCAUAUAAGUAUAUGGAAUAUUCUCAAAUUGGAUUAAACAGUUGAAUCAAUUUUGGUAUGUUAAACGUAUGAUGUUGAGACUGUUUUUGUCCCCAUUUGAUAAAUCAUAUUAUAUCCAUAUCAAAAAUUAUUUAUAUAACUCAUUCUGAUCUGUGGCCUAGAUUAACUAUGGAAUUAUUUUGAAAGUGUUUUAUAUUGUCAAUUCAGGUAAUAAUUCUCCAGUUGUAUGGUUUUCUUGUAUAAUACAAACAUAUGUGUUCAGAUUUUUAGACUUCUGCAUUGGUCUUUGAUUAAAAGAGAUUUCAAGCAAAUCGCAUAUUGCAGGUGAUAUUUAUUAAGAUUGAAAAAGAGAAUUCAUGGACGCUAGGUAAUACUUAUCCAAUUUUCAAAACUAAUCUUCUGCUGAACCGCUAAAUAUAUGCACAAGCCUAUAACAUUUGUCAUUCACAUUAUAGUAAUCGAGAUCUCUAUAUCAGAAUCUCUGGGUAGGUGUUAUAGUGUUUUUAAGGGGUACUCUUCCUAUCUCUACUGCUGAGUGAAUUUUGUGUGAUUGUAUGACAUUUAAUUGGAACACCUUUCUGUGUGUAUAUUGUUAGUUUUUAGGAACGAAUAAGAGAUAAUAUUAAGCCGACUUAAUCACUGGACAACUUGUGCAGUAUAUUGCUUUCUUCUUUACUUUCCUGUGGCUAUUACCACCGCCAUAGUAACAUAUUUUCUAAACGUUCUAUAAUCCUAAAUGUGGAAAAUAUGUAAACAUUAUCAUAUUCAGAAAGGCUAAACAUUUAUUUAUUAGUUUUUGAAAAAUAUUUUAGUUACUGUAUGUAAAUAUAUUUUAUAGUUUUAUAUACAUAUAAGUAUUGUUAUUAUAGAAAACUAUUUUAUUAUAAAAUGGUAACGUUUAUAUAUUGAAUAGGUAACAAGAGUAGAAAUGAAUUUCUAUAAUGAGUUUCUAUUUAAUCUAUUACAUAUUAUGAUAGAAGAGGUUCGUCUGUAAUAAAUGAUUAGCUAGAGUGAGACGUGAUAUUGUAAAAUAAAUAAUAAUAAUUAAUAUUUUUAGAAUGUAUAUCGAAUGUAUUUCUAAUUAUCAUUUCAUCUUUGUAAAUAUAAGGUUUGUAAAUAGAUCACUUAAUAGAUUGCCUA